AUGAGUUGUAGUGUGGUGCUAAGACUGGCAAAACGUCAGGAAAUGUAUCAUAUCUACGCGCUACAUCUACCGAAAAUUGAGGUUUCGCUUGAGGCAGCCGCUUCUUGUUUAGGCAGCAGCCUGACUAAAAACUCUGUCCUUCAGCAACCGUUACCGCUCCAAUCUCGAAUCCCCUCCAGCUCCUCUAUCUCGUCAGCCAUCAGCCCCAUGAAGCGCCGCUCCAGCAGCCCAUCUGCUUCUCAUGGUAUUCUGGUAAAGACAAGAUUACGACCAGUUCGCUGUUCCUAUGGUGGUAUAAGUGAUAAUUCCGGGUCCUUAAAAAUUACCGGAAGCACUACUUCACCAUUCGUAAGUCAUGCCCCCCUACAGUAUGUUGCCGCUACUUCACCUACGAUGCGCUUUGUCCAGCCCUCUUCCUUGUCAGAAAGCCCUGGGUGUGCUGAUAUUAUGCCUGAAAUAAUAAGGGCUGGCUCAGGCCUUCCGACAGUCUCAGAGGGUCCUGUCAUGGAAAUAGACAAUAUAAGAUUAAUAAAAGACACAAGGCUUCCGAUGGACUCAAUACCUGUCGCAUCGCCGCCCAAUCCCCUGAGUGAACAGUCCACUCAGAUUGAUUUGCGUUCUCAGCAUCAUUAUUGUGCAUCUUCUGGACACUCUGGACAAUCUAGCAAAUUGGACUUUGAGGAACCUAUGGAAGUGGCACUAGGCGCAGAUAUGAUGUCUGAAUCAGAUGAAGGGAAAUCAGAAGAGCUUUUAAGAAUACAUCGGGUGGAUGAAGGCCAGGCUGGUCUGUUGUCUAAAGGGACGAUGUUUGAAACCAGAUCCGACAGGAAUAGAGCACUGCAUCAGACUGCUGAACUGAAUAAUCUUGAGAAACCGGAGCCACCUAAUACAUCCCUUCUGGUCGGUGGACCGGCUGUUGGUAAUACAACUUCGUCUGACCUUGGUGAUGCUAAUUCCGAGGGGAUUGAAACAAUGAAUUACCUGCAUCGAUUGUGGAUUACACUGGCAGAUCAGGAGACCGAUCCACUUCCACACUAUGUAAGCCCAAACCCCAGAACUCCCGUCGAAUUCUGGCCAUAUUUUUUAUGA